AUGGCGGCACCAAGCACGUUGCCAGCUCUGCUGGACUCAUUGACGCAGUCUUUAACGACAUCGCUCGACGCAGCGCCCAUAUCCUCGAUUUCGCCUCCCGAGAACGGAAUCUCUCUGCUCGACACCAAGAACGAACUCCUUCUCUCGUACCUGCAAAACCUCGUGUUCCUGAUUCUUCUCAAGUUGCGCAACGCCAAGAAACAGUCCAGCGAGGACCAAGGCGCCAGCGAUACCACAGAGACCGUCGUCAGGAAGCUCGUGGAGCUCAGACUAUACCUGGAGAAGGGUGUGCGCCCCCUCGAGGACAAGUUGCGAUACCAGAUUGAGAAGAUUCUUCGCGCCGCCGACGAUGCCGAACGGAACGCCCACGCAGUCAAGGCAGCCAAGGAUGCUGGAUCCGACGACUCUGCGUCCGACGACGACGACGAAUCAGACGGAGAAGAAGAAGAGGAAGAGGAGCUCAAAGCAGCUCAUCUCCAGGCGCGACCCGAUGCCUUUGUGCGCCCGGCUACGGCAUCCACUGCCAUUGCCACUGCUCAAAAGGACGGCGUGUACAGACCCCCGAGGAUCGCGCCGACAGUCAUGCCGUCGGAGCGCCGCGAGAAGACGGACCGCCGGCCGCUCAAGUCAGCGACGAUGGACGAGUUCAUCGAGCACGAGAUGUCGACGGCGCCGAUCGCGGAGCCCAGCAUCGGCACGACCAUUGUCAACGGCGGACGCAGGAUGAAGACGGCGGCGGACCGCAAGACGGAAGACGAGCGUCGCGAGUACGAAGAGACCAACUUUGUUCGUCUGCCCACGCAGAGCAAGAAGGCCAAGGCGCAGGAGGCCGCCAAGACGGGCCGCGGCGGGCGCAUGCAGUUCGGCGGGGAGGAGUGGAGGGACUUGGGCGAAGGCGUCGACCGCAUCAACAGGCUCACCUCGCGCAAGAGCGGCGGCGGCACGCGCGACCUGCUCGACAAGAGCCGGAAGCGCGGCAGGGAGACGACGGACGGGCCGAGGGGCAGCGGGCAGAUGGAGAUGGGCGAGCGAUUCCAGAAGAAGGCCAAGAUGCUGGAGGCGGGCCGACGCGACAGAGGCAAGCGAUAG